UAGCUUUUAGACAACAAUGGAGCUCUAUGGCACAGUGUAAUAAGCUAUAUCAGGUUUUAGAUACACAUACAAUAAAUGUCAAAGGAUAAUUUCAUUAUAGGUUUCAGUCCUCUCAUGGGAUUUGUUGACAACAACAAAAAUAUAUAGAAUAUUACCAGACUUAUCCUUUAAGGUAGUAAUAACUAAGACUGUCUGCGACUGAUAUUUAAUAUCUACAGAAUACAUAAAGCACUAUUAUUAAUGUAUAUCAAUGAGAUGAUGGUUUCAGCCUUUUUAACACCUUAAUACUUUCACAACAGAACAAUUUUUUUGCACUGAAAAAUAAUGAAUUGGUUGGUUUUGUUUGUUUUUGGGCUGUUUUUGUGUAAGUAAAAAUGUUCUGUACUGGUUUGUGUUUAUGCUGGACCCCACUGUUCAAAUGGAUUUAAGACUGAAUGUCACUUAAGUUAUAUUUCAGUAAUGUUGCACAAUCUGUAUGUCUUCAUGCAGAUGUGGGAAGAAGACUAUAUGAACAACUGAAAGCCUUGCCAAAAAUGUGAUUGACUGGUUGAUUGUACAAUAUGUAUGUCUUCUUGGCAGAAUUGAUAAAGCUUUGGCUAUAAUUUGAAGUCCACUGUAUGUUAAUUUGAGAUGGGUGCAGUCCAUGAAAAUUUACAAGCCAGGGUGAUUAUAUCGAUGCAUCUUUUUCUAUUUGCACUUUCACUAUUAAUUGUUGAAGUUCAAGUGGUAUUUACAUAACAAAAUUGUAAUAACUUUACAAAAGUGCUGACUUCUUUAUAUAUGACUUUUGUCCCAACUAAAUACCUGGCUGUUUAAAAGCAGAAUAAAGUUAUAUUAUUUUCUGACACUUUUAUGAAAUUAAUCUGUGUUUAGCUAAAAGUCUAAAUAGCUUUAUAGUUUAUUAAAUCACAGUUCUCAGGAUAACACCGGUAGAUUUCAGCUUUUCUUCCUAUUCUUGAGACUCUUCUUGGAUUUCCUAUUGCAGCAGCAUACAAUAUACUCAGAAAUAUCAGUCUUUUUUAAAUUUUUUCAGCAAAUAAACCAAGCCUCAGUGAAGUGACUCACAAAAGAUAUUGUUGAGGCCUCAGGAUCAGUGUGGGGUCGAGGGUUUAUCUGUAAAAAAUAAGGAACAGUUGCAAAAUAUACCGUUGGGAGUCUGAGCUUGCUGUUUGUCAUUACGUUGUCCAUGCCGGACUCAAUCGCUAGAUCUACUAGAUCUACUGGAUCUACCUUUUCCCUGUUUGGAAUAAUACAAUUAAAAUGUUUAACACAUUUUUUGGCUCUUUUUCAGUUCAGAUCAAGUAAUGCUCAGAAAUACUCGUCUUCCAUGACAGAAGAUGUGGAUAUUUCUGGGCUGUUAUUGGUCUCCAUGUUGACUAUGAAGAGGCCAGGCCCCAGAGGAUCGUCUGGGCCACCAGGACCCCCAGGGGAACCAGGAAGGGAUGGCACUGAUGGCAAACCUGGACCUGCUGGACUACAAGGGAAAGCAGGUCCUAAAGGGAAAGCAGGAAUACCAGGAGGACUUGGAAAACCAGGCCUGCCAGGACUUCCAGGGGUGGACGGUUUGACAGGUCCUGAUGGUCCUGCUGGGAAGGAUGGACCCGCAGGGGAGGCAGGUGAUGCUGGACCUGCUGGGCCACCUGGACCUCCUGGCAGAGGGAGACCAGGAGCUCCAGGGUUACCUGGAACCAACGGGUUGCCAGGCGGAGUCGGACCCCAGGGUCCAGCGGGUGCUGAGGGUCUUGCAGGACUUCCCGGACCUCCUGGCCCUGAUGGACCACCAGGUCUUCCCGGUACUCUUCAUGAUCUCAACGGUGACCUUCUGUGUCCUGCAAUCUGCCCCCCUGGUCCCUCUGGUCCUCCUGGGAUGCCAGGAUUCAAGGGUCACACAGGUCAUAAAGGAGAAAAGGGAGAGCCUGGGAAAGAUGGGGAGAAGGGUGAUGCUGGCCCACCUGGUCCACCAGGUAUUCCUGGUACAGUGGGUCUGCAGGGCCCACGUGGUCUAAGAGGUUUGCAGGGCCCAAUGGGAUCUGUAGGAGACAGAGGCCUGCCAGGAUUCAGAGGAAAGCCCGGCAUUGCUGGCAUCAUUGGAAAGACAGGUGAUGCUGGAGAAAAGGGGCCACAAGGCUUCAAAGGUCCCAAAGGUGAAAUUGGUAAAAUUGGUCCUAAAGGAGGUCCCGGUGGAGCAGGACCCAAAGGGGAGCCUGGUAUUCCUGGCAGGGAUGGCAAAGAUGGUACACCAGGAUUGGACGGCGAGAAGGGUGAUCCCGGGCGCCAUGGAGUAGUUGGAGAGAAAGGACCAAACGGCCUUCCUGGUCUACAAGGAAAGAGUGGCGCAAAGGGAUCCAAAGGAGAAGUCGGUGAUCCAGGGAAAGCUGGAGAGACGGGACCCUCUGGAGAGCCAGGUAUUCCUGGUGACAUUGGCAUCCCAGGAGAGAGGGGGAUAGCAGGACCCAGAGGAGUAGCUGGAGCUAUUGGACCAGCAGGCAACAUUGGACCUCAGGGAGUGAAAGGCUUCCAGGGUGUAAAAGGAGCCUUGGGGGACCCAGGUCUUCCAGGUCCAACAGGAAUCCGUGGGGAGUUUGGAGACAGGGGUCCAGUUGGAGCUUCUGGACCUAAAGGAGACAUGGGUGUGGCAGGAAGUGAUGGUUUACCAGGAGAGAACGGAGAACCUGGUCAUUUUGGACCAGUUGGACAAAAGGGAGAGUCAGGGAAACGGGGUGAACUGGGACCUAAAGGUGUGACAGGUCCACAAGGAGAGCUCGGAGCAAGAGGGGCCCCAGGAAAAGAAGGACCAAUGGGCUUCCAAGGGGAACAAGGUCUGCCUGGAAUUCCAGGAAAGACAGGUGUACCCGGUAAACUGGCAAGCGAACAGCACAUCAGAGAGCUGUGUGGCUCAAUGAUCGAUGAUCAGAUUGCACAGUUGGCCGCUAACCUUCGAAGACCCCUGGCCCCUGGAAUGGUGGGCCGUCCUGGACGUGCUGGACCUCCAGGAAAGCCAGGAGUUACUGGCUCUAUUGGGCAUCCGGGUUCCCGUGGACCACCAGGGUACAGAGGCCUGCCAGGAGAGCUUGGAGAUCCUGGUCCCAGAGGUGAUGUCGGUGAGGCAGGUGAUAAGGGACCCGUUGGCAAAGCCAUUGAAGGGCCCACUGGAGACCAAGGAUACCCAGGUCUGCCAGGAGUACCUGGAAUUGUCAAAGAUGGGCGUGAUGGAUCUCCAGGAGAUCCAGGUGAGCCUGGAGAGCCAGGCAGGGUAGGUAGGACUGGGCACCAGGGCACUCCUGGAAUCUGUGACACAUCAGCAUGCCAGGGAGCAUCAGUCGCUGGGAAAUCAUCCAACCCCAAAAACCAUUAA